AUGGACACAAUGUCCCGGACCCUUUCGCGCGUCGUGACUUGGGGGUCAUGGGCUCUGGCGAUUUGGCUCAUGGAAUUUCAAACGAGCCCCUACGAAGAAGGAAGUUCCUAUAGCAACCGCCUUGAGAGGUCUCCUUUGUACGACCACGGGCUCGCAUCCAACCGGGCGCUGUGGACCUUCCGCUGCGUUGAGUGGGGGAUUGAUGUGCCGUUAAUCAUGUGCGUUUCUGGCCACUUCAUACUUGGGCGCCCCCUGAGCGAUAUUACUCGGCCCUUUCUUCUCACCAGUUUCUACGUCAUCCUCUGCUGGGUGGCCUGCGAAACCAAGUCUGCAGGCAUGAAGUGGAGCUCGGUAAUGCUAUGCUUCUUGAUGUCCACCGGCGCGGCACGCGACAUCUUGAACUGGUGCUCCGCCUUUGAGGAGCAGGCCCCGAAGGAUCUGCCCAACCGAAGCACCCGGCCGAAGAUGGUUCAGGUACUGCUGCUAUUUUAUGCUGGAUUUUGCAUUGCCUUCCUUCUGCCCAUCUUUGGGAUCAACUUCAACCAUGGAGAUGUGAAGUGCUGCUUUCUGUUCACCUUCGGGACGAAGUGCAGCUGUAUCGUCUACUUGGUGUUGAUGUCCGACGAGUACCACAAGACCUUGACGGACUUGCUUUGGAAGGUGAGUACGGCAAACCUGGGCAUGACAUCGAUCCUGCGCGCCAGCUUCGACAUACUCCUGCCCUGCACUCUGGAUACUUCUGGCUGCUGCAGGCUGCCGGCAAGCUGCUCGGGGGAUAUGUCCAAGUUGGAGAGCAUCUUGAUGAGGCCGGUGGCGGGCGCAGACCUCAAGGAGCUCCUGGCCAACGCGGAGGCAAAAGCCGACUUUGCGGCCUACACCCACAACCUCAUUCGCCAAGUUGACUCACAGCAGACCUUGAACAAUGCCACACUGGCUCUGCAAGGUGUCCGCACCGUCCAGGGUAGCGCCAUGCCCCCCAUGGCCCAGGUGCUGCACAGCCAGAUGCUUGCAUCCGACACGAGCAUGAACAUCACAUUGCACCUCUCCGUGGUGCCCCCGGCGACUUUGGCCAAAGAGUGCCAGCUGAUUGCGGCUAUCCGGUUUGCCGUGCCAGAAGCUUACGCAGAAUCUGAGCCAGAGGCAGAGCCACGUUUCGAGACCUUCUUGACCGAGAAGGAGGUGCCGGAUACAGGGUGUGACCUCGCUUGCAAGUCCAUGGAAGCCAUCUCCGAGGGCAUCGUCGCCAGCCUGGCCGAUCUCCCGAAGUUGGGUCUGCCUGCAGUACUCGCAAGCAGCCAAGCGAUGGACUUUGGUGAUGAGGGUGCCGCCUCUCCGUGCGGGUGCUCGCCGUCCAAUGCCGGUGAUGAGACGAUGACCCUAAGCAAGCUCCUGGAGGAGGUGGCCUUCAAAACGGGACGCCGUGGUUGUGAUGAGGCUGGCAUCAUCGGCUCUUGGGAAGGUACCGUGAGUGAAAGUCUAGGGGGUUACCGCCAGCACAUCGUCUUUGAAGAAGAGGGGAGAGCUCUGGUAACCGUCGGACAACAGACCUUCAUGGCCAACUACACUAUGAACUGCCUCAGUCUUCCCAUGACCUUGGACCUCGAGCUUCCGAGUGCGAUCAUCCCCUACAUCUUCAAGCUUGAGGAGGGCUCCUUGCAUCUUUGUGGUGCCGGAUGUGGAAGAGGGCGGCCAAAGAGUUUCCAUGGCCCCGGCUUGUGCAUCAUGAACCGAGCGGAUUCUUCCGAUGGGCUUCAGCCGGAGGUGGAGCAGCCAGCGAUCUGCGACUCCGGCGCCUCUCCUCCGGAGCUGGGCCGCAAGAAGGUACCAGAUGCACCAUCCAAUCACUUCGUGGCGGCUGGUGUGGAGGAGCCCGGCCACCUGGCACCCCUCGCCGCGGCCGAGCUCAUAUUCGACCAGGAGUACGUCGAGGAUGUUGGCUUUCGGGAGAUCUGCCAGGACCACGCCAUCAAAGAGAUCAAGGCCAUCCAUGGCCGAGGCUCUGAGGAAGAGUGGGCCAGCAUGAGCACAGAGGAGGGUAUUGAUCCGAAGAGCCCGAUUUUCACGUUGGCCACUCGGGACUCUUGCCGGGUCGCCUUGUGUGAGCCGUGCUGGAAUUUUUGUCAAGCUGCCGAAGGCAUUUGCCCGAUUUGCCGUCAGCAGAGUACAGGUGCCGUGGAGGCAUUCCGGGAGCGCUGGGAGAUGCAAAGACAGGGCCGCCACUCUGGCGACGUGAGCCCUCCUCCCGCAGAAAGAUUGCUGCAGGAGGAUCCGUCCCAGCGAAAGGUGGCAUGGACCCACGGAAUGGCGCUCUUGGCAGAGGAUGCAAAGUGCUGCGGGGCUUCGUACAGACAAGGAAUGCCAAUGGAAGAUCUGUUGGAACAGCUCCGCCGGCAGAAAGAAGAGAUUCAUCAGCUGCGGCGAGAAAAG